UUCAAGCUUCGUGCUCUUCAUCCUAUCAUCACUCAUCUCCACUCUCCGGUUUUCCUUACGACCUCACCUAUUCGCCUCCUCCUUUGUGCAGUUGUGACUGGUGAGAUUUCAACUCUUUCUCUAUCUCUAAAUUCUUCUCUUUGCAGAUUGUCUUCUGUCUUUUACACAAAAUCUGGAUGUGCCUCUCUUCUCUUUGGUAAGGUAUAGGGUUUCAUAAAAUUUAACCUCUCUCUACAAUUGCUCAAUAGUUCAUGAGUUUAUUUAUUUAUUUAUUUUUUCAGGAUUUAUAUGUAGCUAGUUUUACUAUCAAAAUGGUAAUUUUUACUAAAUUUUUUAUAUAAAAAACUAUAAAAAUAAAAUAAGAAAUGAAAACGGUUGCUACCUAAAAAUAAAAACUAAAGACCUAAAUAAAAACUAAAAAAUUAAAAUUAAAAUAAAAAACUUAUUUGAUCAGUAUUUUUAAAAUUAAGAAUAAAUUCCAUAACUUCUCUUCUAAUAAAAUAGAAAAAAAUCUUUUGACUUGUUUCCAUUUUUUAAAUACUUGAUUUAAUUUUUUCUCUAAUCAAAUUAAACUAAGCUCAACACUAUAAUAUUCCAUUUUUUUUUAAUAAUUAAAAAAAUAAGGAGACAGUGACUAAUUGUAUUUUAAUUUAAUUUAAAAAGUUCAUGGAAACUGAAUGGUUUAAAAUAAAAAAUAAAAAAUAAAAAAUAAAAAAUAAAAAAUAAAAAAUCAGAGGCCUAAUUAAGCGCGCAGCCAUGACAAUUUAAAUAAUGCGACAGAGAAGACAGUUUCCAUAUUAGGACAGAAGCAAAUUCCUCGACAAGCGGCGGGCCUGUAUAACGGAAAUCUAUCUCGUUCUCUCGCCGAGCGGGGGUGGUGGCGGUGGGGUGGGGGAUCUAGGGUUUCGACGUGUGUGUUGGGCAGGAAAAUUCACUUGAAUAGUUCGAGCGUCAUUACUUUUGCAGGGUUUAGGGUUCAUAGCCUCUGGUUCUGUCGUUUUCUUACUUCCUCCACUUUUAAUUUGAUUUAUGGCAUUGUAGUUGUCCAUUGGGCUUCAAUGGAUACUACCGAGGCUGAUCAGAAGCUAUUAGAGUGGAAGAGGGACGACCUUCGCAAAGCUUUCGAAGAUCUUCAUUCUCAAGCUUCGUCAAUCCUUCUUCUCACCCUUCACUGGAAAGAUCUCGAGGAGCACUACGAUUCUAUUCUAAAAUCACUUGACAUGCGAAUAGAAAAGGUUGUGUUUAAAGAGAAGCAAUCGCAAGACCGGGUUAAAGAAAUUGAGUUGAAACAUAAGCAGGCCGAAGAACGUGCUGAAGAAGUUGAAGCGAAACAGAGGCAGGUUAAUUUGAAGGAGCAAGAAGUGGAGGACCGAUCAAAGGACCUUGAUUGGAUCGAAGGAAAAAUUAACGAUCGUCUCAAAGAGCUUGGGCUGAGAGAGAAGCAAUUCGAUUCGGCUAGAAAAUCAAUUCGAGAACGUACGAAUGAAGUUGAAUUGAAAGAGAAGCAACUUGAAUCAGUGCAGACAUCAAUUAAUAAUUUGCAGAGAGAACUUGAACUGAGAGAGAAGGAGCUGAAUUCCACCCGGCUGAUGAUUGGAAAACGUGAUAAAGAGGUUCAAUUGAAAGAGAAACAGCUAAAAGAUUGUGCGGAGGAAGUUGAAUUGAAGGAGAAGCAGCUUGAAUGGCGCACUAAAGAAGUUGAAUUGAAAGAGAAGGAGCUUGAAGGUCGCUAUGUGGACUCUGAAUUGAAGCAGAAGCAGCUUGAAGAAUGUGCAUUUCAAGUUGAAACUAAAGAAAAGCAACUCGUUCUAAUUCAAAGAUCAACAGAAAGUUUGCAAAGAGAACUUGCUCUGAGGGAAGGGGAGCUGAAUUCUACCCGAUCAGUGAUGGAACAACAUGCUGAAGAAGUGAAAUUACGUGAGAAAGAAGUGAAAUUGAAAGAGAAGCAACUCGAAGAUUUCAUUGAAGAAGUUGAUUCGAAAAAGAACCAGCUUGAAGGCCGCAUUAAAGAAAUUGAAUUGAAAGAGAAGAAGCAAGAAGGUUGUCUACAAGAAAUUGAAUUGACAAAGAAGCAGCUUGAAGGUCGCGCGAAAGAAAUUGAAUUGAAGGAGAAGCGGCUUGAGGAUUUCAAUAAAGCAAUUGAAUUGAAAGAGAAGCAACUCGAAGAUCACAUCCGAGAAAUUGAAUUGAAGAAAAAUCUGCUUGAAGAUUGCACCAAGGGAAUUGAAUUCAAGGAAAAGCAGCUUGAAAGUUGCACAAAAGAAAUUGAGUUGAUGGAGAAGCAGCUUGAAGGUCGUGCCAAUGAAAUUGAAUUAAAAGAGAAGAACCUUGAAGAUCGUUUUGAGGAAAUUGAAUUGAAAGAGAAGCAAGUUGAAGUUCGGGUUGAAGAAGUUGAAUUGAAGGCCAAGCAACUUGAUAGAGUCCAAAAGUGGAUCAAAGAACGUCGUGAAAGUGUUGAAGUGAAAGAGAAGCAACUUGAAUCAAUCCAGCGAUCACUUGAGGAACGGUCAAAAGAGCUUGAAGUCAAAGAGAAGCUAUUUGAUUCAGCUCAAGAAUUGGGAGAAGAAAGUGCCGAAGAAGGUGAAUUGAGGGAAGGGGAUAAUAUACUGGAUUUAACGAGAAAAUCUAUUCAAGAACAAGCACUACAAGUUGAAUUGGAGAAGGAGGAGUUGCGUUUAAUCCAAAAAUCUGUUGAGGAACGUUCCAAAAAUGUUGAAAUUUUAGAGAAGGAAGUUGAUGCAAUCCAAAAAUCCAUUGAAGUACGCAUUGAAGAGGUUCAAAGGAAAGAGAAGCAAUAUGAGUCGGACCAAAGGCUGGUUGAAGAACGUAUUAAAGAACUUGAAUCAAAAGGGGAGCAGCUUCUUUCAAUACAAAGUACAAUUAAUGAAUGUAUUAAUGAGCUUGAAUUGAAAGAAAAAAGUAUCUGUUCUGUUCGAAAGACAAUUGAUGAAUUUGUUAAACAAGUCGAAUUAAAAGCAGAACAAUUUGAUUUAAUGCAGAAAUCAACUGAAGAGUGCCAUGAAGAAGUUGAUACUAUUCAAAAGACAUUUGACAAGUGUCUCAAAGAACUUGAAUUGAGGGAGGAGCGUAUCAAGUUAGGAGAGAAAUCUCUAGUAGUGCGCUCUGAAGAAGUUCAACAGAAAGAGAAGGAACUUGAAGCUAUCAAGAAAUCAACUGAAGAACAGUUGACAAAACUCGAAUUGAAACAGGAGCAACUCAAUAAAAUAGGUGAUACCAAAGUCAAGAUUGAGCAACCAGAGUAUUUACCUGUCAACAAUGACACUGAUUCAACUGUGAGUCUUAAAUUUUUUGUCUCCAUGGAUGGAAGGGGUUUGCAGUUGUUCCUAAAUGAGCAUUUGGACAAGCAUGAUGGAAUGCAGGAUGAGGUAUUUGCUGCUCUUCAAUUGUCAUCAGACCCGGGGAAGCUUGUUGUGGAUGCUAUGCAAGGGUUUUAUCCUUCAGAUUUAGCAAAAGGAGGCACAGAUUUUGAUGUAAAUGUUGUUAGGAGGAGUUGCAUCCUUUUGUUAGAGCAGCUAAUGAGAAUUACUUCACAAAUUAAACCUCAUGUGAAAGAUGAAGCAAUGAAGCUGGCAGUUGAGUGGAAGUCAAAAAUGAGUGUGGCAACUGAGAAUUCCUUGGAGGUUUUAGGUUUUCUGUAUCUUUUGGCUGCAUAUGGUUUGAUCGCUGCUUUUAAAGAUGAUGAUAUUUUGGAACUUUUGUUCGCUGUUGCUGUGCAUAGACAAGCCCCUGAAUUAUGUCGAGCACUUGGUUUUGCAGAUCUUGUGCCUGGAUUUAUUCAAAAUCUUAUUAAAAAGAAGAAGAAUCCUGAGGCCAUCAACUUUAUUUUUGCAUUUCGGCUGGUCAACGAAUUCCCCCCUGUACCUAUUUUGAGAAGGCAUACAAUGUAUUGGAGGAAGUUUGCUACUAGAAUGAGCAAGGGGGACAACUCACUUGAAGUAAUGGCCAAUGACAAAGAACUAGCUGCUCUGAGAGUUUUCGUCAGAUGCAUUAGAGAUUACAAGUUCGAAUCUGAAUACUCAAUUGAGUUAUAUGAAAUACGCAUUGAGCAAUUGGAGAAUUGGAGCGCAUCCGUGAAAAGUUCUGUGCCAGCUCCUAUCUCUGAGAUUCAGCCACAACUGCUGGAUGAAAUGAAGCAUUCCACUACCAGACCUGUAUCCUCCUCUGAUUCACGGAGUGAAAACCUGUGCAAGCAUCUGCCAGAUGGUGAGCAAACAGAACUUGAGCCAAAGGUUUCUAUGCCUGCUGCUUCCACUGCACACUCAACAAAACCUCCUCAGCAGCAAGAAAAAUUAUGCACAAAUAAAGUUAAAGAACCUAGAUCUGAGCUUAAGACCCUCUGUGCAAAUAUGGACUCGAAGGCUCUGGUAUCGUUCCUAAACCUAAACAACCUGAAAACUGUCCGCAAUGAAGUGGGUGAUGCUUUCCUAUUUGCACCAGAUGCUGCAAAACUUGUGUUGGAUGCAAUGGAUGAGUUAAAAUCUGGGGAUGGUUGGUUGAGUUGUGUGGUGAUGUUGGAGGAGCUGAUGAGGGUUUCACUGCAGAUAAAGGAUGAGGUCAGGAAAGAGGCUAGGAGACUGGCAGGUGAGUGGAGGAAGAGGUUGGUGGUGGGAAAUUCGGAUUCACAUGAAGUGUAUGCAUUUUUGCAAUUUUUGGGUACAUUUUGCUUGCAGUCUGGUUUUGAUACCGAUGAGCUUUUUGAUUUUUUGGAAAUUUUGCCUGGGUGGAAGAAAGCUGUGCAUUUGUUCAGGGUGCUUCGUUUUGAAGAUAAAGUCCCAGAUUUUAUUACGAAGCUCGUAAAGAAGAAUCAGUUGGUUGGGGCUCUUAAAUUUAUUUAUUCAUUUGGAAUGACUGGUAAGUUUCAGCCAGGACACCUUCUGAAAGCACACCUGAAAUAUUCAAGGAAAGUAGCCAGGGAAAUUCGCGAGAAGGGAAAAAACUCAGUUGACGCAAAGGUUGAAGCAGAUAAUGUAGAAAUAGCUGCUCUGAGAGUCAUCGUCCAUUGCAUUCAACUCUACAAGCUUGAAUCAGAAUACCCAUCCAAAAAAUUUGAAGAGGAAAUUGAGAUGCUGAAAAGGAAAGGAAAGAAGGCACGUAAAGCCAGAGUUCAUGCAAGCAAGGAUAAAGUAGAACAGCAGGGUAAAAAUAAGCGCCCCAGAACAGCUGUCUCACCAGAAGUUGCGAAAGAUGUUAAUGUCAAUUCACUUGUUCACCCAAUACAGCCACCUGAUCAGCCUGCCUCCUAUGGGUUUUAUAAUCAAGGCUCACCACAUUUGAGUGCAUCGCGUGGGCAUCUUAAUUUGGCAGACCCCACCCCUGUUCCCCAGCAUAAGAUUUCAUCUGCUGUACCUUUUGGACCGACAGGGUCAAAUCCCUUCACUGCAUAUGCAAGACCAUCUUCCAGGCAUCGAAGUUCAUCAGCUAGGCAGCAAGGAUUUUGUAGGGCUGCAAAUGGGAGCACAGGGCAGUUCAAUUUGGAUGGAAUUGACCCGCACCUUGCUGCCAAUUCGAGUGGUGGGCAUUUUCCAUUAGAUGGACCACAAAUGACUGGCUUCAACCGGUCUAUUCCGUUUUACCCUUAUUACGAGAGGCGUGUUUCUAGCCCCAGUGGAUAUGGCUUACCACAUUGGUAUCACCCGUCUCCCUUUCCUUAGAAGUGACCAUAGUAUUGGUUUUGUUUCUACAUCUUAGGCUGUUGCUUGGCUUGUUUUUCCUGUUUCCGUGUUCUGUCUCAAAACAUCUGCUGCCUCAGUUGUAUAUAAAUUAAAAUGGGUUAAUAUAAUAGAGAUCCAUGUUUUAUUA